UUCAGAGCUUCAGUCCCUCUGUCUGAUGGAAGGAAAGAGUAUCCAUUCCAGUCCUUCAGCAGGAUGACAAUGUGAUGGAAUGAGCCAAGGACAAUGGGAUCAAGGAUCAAGGAAAACCCUCAGAAGAUAUUUGAUCUGUUCUUUGAAGCUGCCUGCCCAACACAUGCAGAGGAUGAUCCCCAAGUGCUUAGGCAAUUUCCAGUGGCGUUCAAUGACCAGGAAUCAAUCCAGACGCUGCCCAAGUUUUGUUUCCCUUUUGAUGUAGAAAGGGUUAAGGAGAACGUCAAUGUCCAGCACUUCACCUUUGCACUCACAGACCUGGAAGGGAAACAGCGCUUUGGUUUCUGUCGAAUGGCCAUGGGCUUCCGCACCUGCCUUUGCAUCCUCAGUUACUUGCCCUGGUUUGAAGUGUUCUACAAGAUCCUCAACAUCAUUGCAGAUCACUUAGCCAAGCAGCAGUUCACUGGGUUGGAUGAAUUCUUAUCAACACUGUAUCGCCACACUGUGCCUAACCUCAGCAGCGCCAUCAACUUUGAACUUGACCCAAAGGAGAUGAAAUUGAAAAUAUCCACUAGGAAGGAUCUGAACAGCCAACCCCAAGACAGGAGCCAGGAGGAUCCAAAUCAUGGCACAGCAUCGGCUAUAUAUUUCAUUGCACCUGACCAUGGUAAACUGCCCACCAUCCCUGAAAGUAGGAACCUGACAGAGUUUGUUGUGGCUGUGGACGUGCACAACAUGCUGCGGCUGUAUGCGAGUCUGCUCCAUGAGCGAAGGAUCCUGCUCACCACCAGCAAGCUCAGCACGCUCACCGCCUGUGUGCAGGCUUCUUCCAGCAUGUUGUAUCCCAUGCACUGGCAACACAUCUAUAUCCCUGUGUUGCCUUCCCACCUCCUGGACUACUGUUGUGCCCCUAUGCCUUAUCUCAUUGGAGUCCACAGCAGCCUCAUGGAGAGAGUGAGGAGCAAGGCCUUGGAAGAUGUCGUCAUUCUCAACAUUGACAACAACACUUUAGAAUCGCCGUUCCAGGACCUGGAAAACCUCCCGCCUGAUGUUGUCUCUCUGCUGAAGUACCAGUUGAAGAAGCAGUCGGCAACAACUGGAGAUGGAGUAGCCCAGGCCUUCCUCAGGGCACAGGCACUGCUGUUUGGCAACUACCGCAAGGCACUCAUCUGUAGCCCGGGAGAGCCAAUUUCCUUUUGCCAAGACACUUUCCUGCAGCAAGGGUCCAGUGCCAUGCAGGCCUUCCUGCAGCGGGCUGUGCACCUGCAACUCUUCAAGCAGUUCAUUGAGGACCGUCUGGAGAAGCUAAACUCAGGGGACGACUUUUCCAGCCUCUUUGAGCAGGAGAUCAACAGAAGCCUAUCCCCUGGUAACAUGCACUCCUAUCAGCUGUGGGUGGAAAACCUCAAGAAAGGUGGAGGAGCCCUGAUAAGUACUAUGAAAACCAAGACCAAUCCAGCCGUCAAGAACGCAUACCAAUAUGCCAAAGGCCAUGCCAAAAUGAAGUUGAAGAAUAUGCGGAGUCGCCUGCUGGAAAAGGACUCCAGUGUAGACCAGGACCGAGUGCAAGGACGUUCCUUGAACUGUGAUGACAUCUCCAAUCCCAUCCUGCUCACCAGGAGCAGCCAGUCUGAGAGCCUGCAAAGCCGGUUGCCCAUCACUCAGCACUUUGGGCAGUCUCGCCCAAGACGGCCACAAAGACAGAACAGCAGGCCAGAACUACAGACCCAAAGCACAGUCUCAUUGGAUUGCCCCCUGGAGCAUGAUCUUUUUUCUGGAGGAAGUGAAAAUCUGCACCCCGACUUCUUGGACACAGGCGGUAUUGAUCUCUUAGGUGAAAUCUUUGAGACACUAAGCAUGUUGGAGCCAAGCCAAGUGGGCCGGCCUAUCUAUGGGACUCGUAGCCUGGACUUCUGCAACCUAGAGGAACGGAGCUUUUUUACAAAGCUGAGACCCAGUAGGGAGACCCCCCAUGAGUCCCUCUAUGAGGAACAGGAUGACGGUGACUCAUCGUAUGAGGACCCUAUCCCUAUCCUCCUGCCUUCCCUGGAGCAAGAGGAUACACAGAGUGUGUUGCUGCCAUCCUCUAGACUUGCAGACCAAAGCAGUGAGAGGUGGGACCAUGGCAUCUCUGAGGCCCAGGAGAUUCCUGGCCCUGAGAAGGCAACAGUUCUCUUGCAGGAGGAGAUGGUUGUUUCUGGUAGCAGUGAGCCAUCACAGGUGGCAUGGACCUGGAAUGCAGACCAUGAAGUUCCCCACCCUGGAAUGCAGACUAUGAAGUUCCCCAUGCAGACCCAAGAGGUUCCCCACCCUAGUGAAAAUGAAACAGAAAGGUGCCCAGGUACAGAAUCUGGAGAGGAGUCCAAGGUUGGCCAGACCCUUGAUCUCUCACAAGUUAUUGCCACCCCAACAGCAGUGUCACCAACACCUAACUGCACCAGCAUCCAGUCAUCUGCGGCAUUAUUCCAAGAAAAAGGCCACAUGAACACCGAGUCCACAGCAAAGGAGAGCAUCCUAGCUCUUGAGCAGGUCACCAGCCCACAACACCCCUCCAUCUCCAGGCCCUUGACCCAGCGCAGAGUGUCAGAACUGAAGAAAAAAUUUGAGGCCUAGCAUAUAAUAUUGAAACUGAACAGGUGGUGCAGCUAGGAGAGGAAGACAACCUCUGUUUCGCUUCUGGCAUCAGCAAGUGACUGGAGGUCACACCAGGAAGCUCUCCUCUGAAGCUAUGGGGCAGCUCUGGACACUGAAAGGCACUGCUGGAAAUACUCCAUCCAUCCAGGCACAAAUAGUGAUUGUUGGAAGUCCUCCAAGGUGCAGGUGUGGAGGCUGGCAGGCCACGACUACUAGGAGGCAGCAAAUCCUGUGACAGAAAUUUGUAGUGCAGUGGAAGCUCCUUUUGACAAGGAGCUCUCUUCCUCUGCUGCACACAGAACACAGCUUCUCAUGUAACCUUUCCAAAAAUGGAAACCAAGAGCCACUUCAGGAAAAGCAUGCCACUUGAAGGCCACUGGAUUUCACUAUGGGCCCUCUCACUUGCACCCUCAUCAUCACUCAGUGGCCACCACAUGAAGCAAUGAUGCGAAUGAGCUGCCUGCAGACCAAUUGCCCUUGGCUGUAAACAGAACCAUGCAAUGACAUCUUCAAGGUGUGGUGAUAGUCACUGGUCUAGAUGGAGCUGUUUUUUAAAAUAAAAAAUUAAAUACAUGCAU